AUGGAGAAAAGGGUUAUUUAUACGAUUCUACUCUUGGAAAUAUUUCUUGUUGAAGUAGUAACGGGCCAGAAAAAUACCAUCAACUUAAACAAUGGAGCCUACUCGAAUCUACUCAUCGCAAUCGACAAGAAUGUAGCUGAGGAUCUCAACAUCAUCGACAACAUCAAACAUUCUCUCUCUCAGACGAUGUUUACAUCAGCAUCUGAGCGUCUCUACCUUGCCAGCAAGCAGCACGUCUACUGGAAGCACAUCAAGAUUUUGGUACCUAACACUUGGUCCAUCCAGAGCGGGUAUCAAUUUUCUCGAACCGAAACGCUGGAGUCGGCCAACAUUAUCCUGCACAACUUUCAUGAUGACGAGCCGUUUGUCGAUAACCUAGCAGGAUGUGGGAAAGAAGGAACUCUGAUGCACAUGACGCCGGGCUAUAUCCUAAACGAGGUGUACCGAGAAGACAAGUUUGGUCCCACAGACAUCAUGUUAGUUCGAAGCUGGGGCUACCUUCGUUGGGGGUUAUUCAAGGAGCACUACGAUGGUGUUGGCGUUGGUGCUCCUGCCUAUGACUCACCCGGUGUAGGUUCUGAAGGGACCCGCUGUUCUCUAAAGAUCAAAGGAGAUGUUGAGAAAGCUGAUGGAACUCCAUGCCAAAGUAAUCCUAACGGUGGUUAUGAUUCCGAUUGCCGCUUCGUUCCUGAUACUAGAGAACAGACUGCGACCGCUUCACUGUUAUUUGGAACCAAGGAUGCUCAUAUACAUUCGAUAGAGGAGUUUUGUAGUGACGAUCAAUCAGAUCCAAAUAACUUACACAAUCCUCUAGCACCAAACUUGAUGAAUAAUAAAUGCAGUGGUGACAGUGCUUGGAAGGUGAUGACAGAGCGAACAAUAGACUUCAAAGCAGGUAUCCAACCUGUCUCAAACACUACUCCAACAUUCGAUGUAAUCCAGCUAUCUACAAUCAGAAGUGUAGUACUUGUGCUUGACAUCAGUGGUAGUAUGGGGGUAAGUUAG